GUAGAUCCAUGAUGAGGACACUGGUAGUGAUUGCUCUGUGCCUGAUUUCUGUGGCUCUGGCCACCUCUCCAGAAAAAUCUCCUGAUGAACUCGGUAUUAUUAUCAACCUGAAUAAUGGAGAGCUGUGUGUUAUCAGCGCACAGUGUAAGAGCUCCUGCUGCCACCGCCACUCCUCUACCAGCCUGGCUCGCUGUGCCCCACGUGCCGCAGAGAAUGAGACAUGCUCAAAAAAGGUAGAGAGCCUGUAUGGUACAUAUUAUUACUGCCCAUGUGAGGAUGGCCUCAGGUGUAAAGGUGACUCGUCCAUUGGAGGAUCCAUUACCAACACCAACUUUGGAAUCUGCACUGAUCCAAACUCUAGGUUUCUAAAAUAAAGCUGUCAUCAUCAUCACAGGAUCAGAACAUCCUACAUGUCUUUAUCAUGCAGAUAGGAAGUGCAUUAUAUGUAUACCCUCUGUACAUACAGAUAUGUAAAGACAUAAGAAAUUGUAAUUCUGCUAAAUCAUAAAAACUUUAAGCAAUUAUUAGUGAAGCACAGUGCCAAAUCUGUUCACAAUAUUUCACA